AUGGUCAAGAUUGCUAUUGCAGGAGGCUCGAGUGAGCUGGCUAGUGAAGUUCUUGACAAACUUGUCGCAACGGGAAAACAUGAAAUAACUGCCCUGGUUCGAAAGGACCCUUCGCAAUUCCCACCUCGGGCCGGCGUUCGCUGGGUUCAGGCGAACUACCAAGACAAAGCGGAAUUGGUUCAGCUUCUCAAGGGCAUUCACACAGUACUAUCCUUCAUCGCAGCUCACCUUGACCCAGAAAAUCAGGCUCAAAAGAAUCUGAUUGAUGCAUCGGUUGAGGCUGGGGUUACACGCUUCGCACCAUCCGAAUGGUCAACUGGCGUUAAGCUGUCGUCUUCCCUUGAUGCAAUGCCUUGGUAUACUGGCAAGGUUGAAGUCAGUCAGUACUUGGAGAAUCUGAACAAGGAUAAGAAGGUUCUCCAGUAUAGUCGGUUCCAAGUAGGCUCCUUUAUGGAUUAUCUUUGCCACCCUUUCAAGGCGUCCAAGUAUAUCACCACGCUCCCGCUCAACAUUGACUUGGAAAAGAAACGCGCAAUUGUUGUUGAGGGCUCUCUGAACGAUGAAAUGACCUAUACAAGCGUUGGAGACAUUGCCCAUGUGGUCGCACGCGCUGUCGAUUAUGAAGGGGAAUGGCCCGUCAUUGGAGGUAUCCAGGGCGAUAAAAUCACCAUCGGGGAGCUCCUGAAAAUCGGCGAAAAGAUCCGAGGCGAGCCUUUCACGAUUGAGUGGCUCAAGAUGGAGGAUUUGGCGGCUGGAGAGCUCAAGACCGAUAAUUACCCUCGCAUCGACUUGCCUUCUAUCCCCAAAGACCAAGUAGAGGCAUUCUCCAAGAUGGCCAUUAUUGGAGUUCUCAUCGCCAUGACUCGAGGAGUUUGGACUGUGUCGGAUGAGUGGAACAAGAUUUUCCCGGACUACAAGUUCACUGGGGUUGAGGAGCUGCUGAAGGAAGUCUGGAAGGGACAUUAG